UUACAGGGACUUAUGGAACCAGAAUCUGGGGCCAGUGGAACAGCCAUUACUGAAUUUAUUUUACUUGGCUUGGUGGAGUCACCAGGGCUUCAACCAGUUGUCUUUGUGCUCUUCUUCUUUGCCUACCUGGUCACAGUUGGGGGCAACCUCAGCCUCCUGGCAGCUGUCUUGCUGGAGCCCAAACUCCACACCCCCAUGUACUUCUUCCUGGGGAACCUCUCAGUGCUAGACGUUGGGUGCAUCAGCGUCACUAUUCCCUCAAUGUUGGGUCGUCUUGUGUCCCACAAGCGUACAAUAUCCUAUGAUGCCUGCCUCACGCAGCUCUUCUUCUUCCACCUUUUGGUGGGUGCAGACUGCUUCCUGUUGACAGCCAUGGCCUAUGACCGAUUCCUGGCCAUCUGCCGGCCCCUCACCUACAGCACCCGCAUGAGCCGGACAGUCCAGAGGAUGUUGGUGGCCUGGGUGUGCGCCUUCACCAAUGCACUGACUCACACUGUGGCCAUCUCCACACUCAAUUUCUGUGGCCCCAGUGUGAUCAAUCACUUCUACUGUGACCUUCCUCAGCUCUUCCAGCUCUCCUGCUCCAGCACCCAACUCAAUGAGCUGCUACUCUUUGUCCUCAUGGCUGGUGCACCUGUGAUUCUCAUUGUCACCUCCUACAUCCAUGUGGCAGCUGCAGUCCUUCGAAUCCGCUCUGCUGAGGGCAGGAAGAAGGCCUUCUCCACAUGUGCCUCCCACCUCACUGUCGUGGGCAUCUUCUAUGGCACAGGUGUCUUCAGUUACAUGAGGCUGGGUUCAGUGGAGGCUUCAGACAAAGACAAAGGCAUUGGCAUCCUCAAAACUGUCAUCAGCCCCAUGCUGAACCCACUCAUCUACAGUCUUAGGAACCCUGAUGUGCAGUGUGCCCUGCAAAGGGUGCUCACAGGAAAGCGAGCUAUGUUGUAA